AUGAACAUCGUCGUGAGGUCCAUUACAACAAGCUACACACUAAACAAGGCCACCACAAUACUGCCACUUAGGAGCCUCGUAAACCGUGCUGUUCGCCUCAAUCGCUGCUCAUCACGCAACCCAAACCCGCUGCAACUUGUCGCUUUAGCUGCAGCUCAACGACGACAAAUCAGCUUCCAGAGCAUCACUGGUGGAUUGUUUGAUAUGUCGGCUGACAGGCGCAGGCCAACUUGGUCGCCUUUUGAGACUGUAAAGAUGAAUACCUUGCGCUCUAUUCUGCAAAAUCAAGUAAACAAUAUCGAUCGGGCCCAACUGUUGGUUAACAAUGUCGUCAUGCCAAUACCGCCUGGCAAAGCUUUCAUCCAGCACUUGAAAAUAUCUCGCAAGGAAGACCUAGUGCUGGAAGGCAUGACUGCCGACCAAUGUAAAGGAACCUUCCGUGCAGAAUGGGUCCAAGAUCAACGCAUGAAACUACCAAAAGAAGCACCAGCUGAACGUAUCAUCCUCUACGUGCAUGGUGGCGCAUACAUAGUAGGCAGUCCAGGCACACAUCGCUUCCUAACAUGGCGAGUCUCCAAACACAGUCAAGCCCGUGUCCUAGCUGUCGACUAUCGCCUCGCUCCAAAGCAUAUCUUCCCAUUAGCCCUACAAGAUGUACUAAGUGCCUACUCGUUUUUAAUCAAUCCGCCAUUGUCGACGCAGCACAAGUAUCGGCCUGAUCAGAUUGUGUUCAUGGGUGAUUCCGCGGGUGGUGGACUUGUGUGGUCGGCAAUGCUGUAUAUACGCGAUCAUCCUGAUGAGUUUCCUAUGCCGGCUGGUGUGGCGGGUAUUGCGCCGUGGUUGGAUUUGACGCAUUCUAUGCCGUCGUUUUUGGAUAAUGGGAAGUGGGAUUAUCUGCCAAGUGAGACGAAAGAUCCUAAACACGUCAAUAAAGAUCGUAAAUUCCCAUAUGUAAAGAGUAACGCUGAUCUGCCAAACCCAUAUGUAUCGCCUCUAUACGCAAAAGAGGAACCAACAAAGCCAAUAUGUCCCAUGCUGAUACAAAUUGGAGAAGUAGAACGAUUACGUGAUGAGAACUUGUACUGGGCUAUGGAACGAUUCAAGAAUUCACCUGUGCGAUUAGAAGUUUAUGAAGACAUGGUUCACGUCUACCACCUCUUUGUAACAUCCAAAUCCAUCGCAGGCCGCUCAUACCAACAUCUUGGAAACUUUGUCCGCGAAGUCACAUCAGGCAAACCAUUCGAAAUAGGAACUCGAAGUAUCAUGAUUAGGAAUCAACGACCUGCGUACCCCGUUGAGAAACUAGAGGAUCCGUUGAAAUACGUGAGGGACGGGCUGGAGAAGAAGGGACAGACUUUGGAGGACGUUGCGAAGUGGUUGGAUGAGGCUGAUUCGACGAGGAAGAAGGGGGAGUCGCCUGUUGUUGGCGGGUGA